AUGUUCUCGAAUGAGCAAUUGAUCAGCCCCGACUUUGACGAGGUAGCGUACCUGCGUUAUGCUCUUCGCGCCGCCAAUCACAGCGCCGAACACGAACGGCUCGAGAGCUGCAUCGCUGAGGUGAAGAGGGAUAUACAGUCCAUGCUCGCCGAGCAUGCGGACAGUCUCAUUGAUCAAGCGAGAUGCACCUAUAAGACGCAGCGCGAGGUGACGGCGGUGCGUCAGAGCACGGAUUCGUUGCAGAAGGCAUCUGGGCGGCUUCGCAUUAUGAUCGAGGAGCCUUACAUGCAGCUCCAAAGCCGUGUAAAAGAGUUGGAGGCAACGCAGGAGGUGAUGCAGCUGCUCCAGUCAACACUGCGUUUCCUCUCACUGACAGCGCGACUACAGGAGCAGCUCACUACCACUUCCUCUGUUGAUAUCGUGCGCUCCUCGUACACGUUGAAGGAGUUGGAGGAGGUUCUUCAGGACGGCUCGGUUCGAUCCCUACAGGUGGUUGAGGCGCAGCUGCCCGCAGUGGAGCGGCACGCGACGACGAUACGGAGCAAGGCGCACGAGCUGCUUGCCAUGACGGAGCUAACGGCGCCACCGAGCGGCAACGGCGGCGCCGGCGAUGCUGCUGCUUCGACAUCUCGCCUCGCAAUUCAGGUGAGCACAGGGUUGCAGUGCGCGUAUGUAUUGCGCAUGCUCUCUCGCACCGUGCAGAGCUUCAUGACAGAGCGGCGUCGUGAGGUGCUGCGCACCAUCAUGCGCGAGCUCGAUGCACAGGCCAUUGAGGAUCACAUCUCCAGCGAGUACGAUCGUCUUUCCCGCUCUUCGCUCAGCGGACACAGUGGCGCGGUGUCGGAGCAGGCGGUGACGGCGCAUGUCGUGCUGCAACACAUCCAGAAGACUCUCUUUAUCGCCGUGCAGCACACCAGAUGCGUCAUUUUACUGUGGCGCCUGCUUCUUCAGCGACGCGACACACAGACACAAGAGCUGUACCUGUUCUCCAUCGACUCACCGGUGCAACUCCUUGUGGAGUACUGGUCCACCAUCACCGAGAAGCUGCGGGAGCGGCUGAAUAGCUUGCAGAAGCGGCACACUAUUCGACUUGCCCUGGGAAGUGCUUACCCGCGUUACCAUCAUUUGGUUGCCAGCUUCCUCAGCCGCACUGACGUAGCGGGUGUGGCAGAGGGCCUGCUGAGUACCGGCGCGCCAGGUGGCGCUGUCGCUGAUUCCUUAGGGUCCACGGUGACGGGUGGGGCUGGCACAGCCGCGGCUCUGCUCUCGAUUCACGUGACGCAAUGCGGCAUGGGCGACUACCUCGACUUGAUCAACGCCGUGGACGCUGCAGUGCGGCGCGGCGUUGCAGGCAAUGAAGGAGAGGGCACUCCCUUCAAGACACCUGACAAGCCACCUUCUUCGGCGCACAUUGGCACUGCAACUCCACCACGCACAGACACGCAGGACAUGCGGCACACGUGGCUGGCACAGGUAACCGACGAGGCACGGGGCGCCUUCAGGACGCAUGUACUGGACCGUCAUCGCGAGGUCAUUAGUGGUGUUUUCUCGCGCCUCUCAGCUGUCGUUCCGCCCUCUGCGGCAGCGGCUGGGCAAACCUCCGCUGUUGCGCCGGUGCGCAUGCAAGGCAGUCGCCGGCCGUCUAUUCCGCCUCAGGCCAACACGCUGGACAUGGCGGUCUACACGCGCUUGGUCACGCAGGAGGUGCAGAUGUUCCGCCAGGAUCCGCACACCCUCGAUGUGUUGCUCGACUGUGUCUUCUCCACUCUGCGUCAAGUUCGGGCCAAGCUGACUGAGGCGAUUAAGAAGUAUCCGCUUCCGCCGCUUCCGGCGGUGACGGCUGCGCCGACGCUGACGCAGGUAAUGCACCUCUGUAUCGCCAACAGCUGCACUACUCUUGCGUACGACUGCGCGGCUGUCCUCGCGAUGGUCCCCCACCCGUCUGCUUCUCAGACGGCUAGCGGCGCUGGGGCGGGGGGUGCCACGGCCGCCUCCAAUGCCGCGAGCGGUGCCCACCGGCACGCUCACCAGGACCCCUAUGCGCUGGUGCUGGAGCAGCUGGGCACGAAGCGCAUGGAGCUACAGCAGCUCAUCGAUACAUUCCACAACAUGAGCGAGCGGUCAACGAAGCCGUUUGCGGACUCGGCGGCGUCGGUGCUGCUCCCGACGCUGACGCAGGCUGUCGACAACGUGCUGCGUAACGAGCUGACACUGUCGUCUGCUGCUGCGGCGACGGCAGCGAGUGAAGGGAGAGUGGGAGCAAAUCCGGCGAUGCCGCUAGGUGGCAGCGGGGGCGGGGACAGCCGCACGGCACUUCUGCAGCUCCAGUCGCAGUGCCGCCAGUUCACAGAUCGUUUCUUCUUCCUGGUUGACGCGCGUACGUCGGGGUGGAUGGAAGCCUGUCAGCAUGUUAUGAACACGAUGCUGGCGCGGCUGUUGAUUCGGCUUGCCACAACGCCGCCACCGCCAAUACUGCGCGGUACGCCACUCGCCACCGCCCCUGCGUACGCGCACACGCUGCAGGUGAUGAUGCCCCCACUGCUUCAGUUCGUGCAGAUGGUCCAGUCUGUCGGCACAGUAGGGCGUAUCACCUCCCUCCUGCGCGGUUGCGUGCGCCAAGUGGAGCUGUUUUACGAGACCUGUGGCGGACUGGGCGGUGCCGGCAGCGGGGACGGCGCAUCGGCUGCGGCAGCGCUCCGGACCGCGGUGAUGGAGCGACUGCGACCGCCAAUCCCGUUCUUCUUUGCGAAGUUACUGGUGCUGCAGUACGGCCUCUUUACCACCGCUGUCUCUGCACCGUCGGAGGACUCGCAAGGCGCUGCUGGCCCGUCUGCCCUCGCUGGCGCACUCCGUUUGUCGGAACAGGGCUUGCUGGAGUGCUUGGAAGGGGUGUUGCUUAAAGAGAGCUCGGCGAGAGCCACUGCCGCCUCCUCAAAUUUGGAGGGAGGUGGGGCUCCGGCUGCUGGCGCCACUGGAGCCGACCACAAGGGGGAGGUGCUGUCAGCUGUAGAUGGGCUUUUUCUCGAAGUUGUCGCCGUAGCACCAAGCGAGUCGGCGGCUUGCCUGCAAGAACUAUGGGCGUCGGUUCAGGAGAAGUGA